GUCACACGGAAGUCCACCCAGGAAGUAUAACUGAAAUGAAGUACAAUCAGUACGUGUCGCUUUGUCUGAUCGCACUUGUCCUAGGACAAGCCGCGGCUUUGCCACAGCAUCCUCAAUAUACACCGCAAUAUCCGCAACAAUACCAGCAAGAACAGGUCAAACAAGAAGAAAGGAAGUUUGCCGAGAAGCCGAACGCGAUGAAAAAAGUGGCUCUUGAUGAUCUCGAAGACAUAAGUACAAAUCAAAUUCAGGAGAAUGGCAGCAGCGGCUUCUCGUGGUCCAACAUGUUGGGGAUGCUGAUGCAGAUGUUGUUAGGUCAGACCAGUGGCGGGGCCGGGCCAAGCAAGAACGAGAUAGACGAUGGCGCAACCACGAGUCCGUGGACCAACCUGCUCUCCGUAGGUCUCAGAGUACUGACAGCGUUGCUAGGCGGACCUCAACAACCGGUAGACGGUAUUGACAAAGUGGACAAUCAGAGCAGUCCGAUGCAGUUUAUCAGCAUAGUCAUCAAUCUGCUGGACGCCCUGAAAACAUCGUUCUCUCAUCGCUCGAUGUCGGCUCGCUCGCUCGGAAGACGUGACACAGUAUCCGAAGCCGCGAUAGCGUCGAUCUCUAUGCUGAAGGGCUAUAUGAGAUCCGUCAAGUCCUUUAGCUACGUAGGUCGCGCUGAAGAGGAAGGUCAACGUGGAUGUGCCGAAAGAGCUCUUUGCGAGGCAAGCGCGGAGUGUAUCGCUGAUACGCAGGGCCCGUCAUCGAUCUUCUGCCAACUCGGAUCAUACGCGACGAGUUAUCUCCUGCAGAGACAAAGCGGCGUCGGCUUCGAAGCCUUGUACGAAGCGGGACGACGCGGUCGCACAGGCGAAGAUUGCAGAACUCUCUUCAUGGAUUGCAAUGCCGUAUGAGCGUGUUUGUUUCUUUGAGCGUGGCGCAGAUCUUGCGAUUUCAGAAACAGAUUUUGGAAUCUCUUCAUCGAUUGAAUUUAAUUUAGAAGCGACCGAACGAAGGUAAAAAAAAUUUCGGAACGAUCUCUAAAAGAUCGAAGAAUAUCUUCGCGGACGUUCCCGAUACUUUCGACAUAUCGUCCACCGUUUCUCGAAAUUGGCGUGAUUUUAAUAGAGUUUCUGAUAUCUCAUGAUUUAUGCCACGCCAAAUGUGAAAGAUGUGUAGGUUUAAUCAACAUGAUUUCGCAGACGCGCCGAGCCGAGAUUCGCAUCGAAUCUCGCUGACUGCUCGGCGAUUCAUCACGUGACUGAUCAUUUCGUUCGAGCGGCGAAUUACGCGCUAAACAAUGUGGAUUAUUUCGACAAGAAUUCGCGAUCACGAUAUCUCAAACAAACACAAGACGCGCAAUGGUCGAUAAUCUGUACUAAUAACAUUAUUUUGAGAAAAUGAUGUGUUAAAAGCUUUUCCGUUUAUUGCAUUUUCGUAUCGGCCAACAAGUUCCGCCGCAUCGAUUUUACAUAAUUCUAUAUUUAUUUUUAUUUAUCUCGAGUGUAUUAGGUGCAGAGACGCGAGUUGCAGCGUUCCGGUAAUUCGACACGAUGAUCACGACAAAUCGUUCAACAGAUUAAAAAAAAAAAAAAAAGACGAAAUCCCGACUGUUGAUUGAUUUUUUGUCGCGUUUAAAGCACACAAAGUUCGUAUACGAUGCCUAAAACCAUAAUGCAUGAUUAAAAAUGAAAUUUUUGUUGUAUCAAGAGUAUACACUUAAGUUGUAAUUUCAAUUUCCGAUGCAAAACUGUAUUUCUAUGAUAAUAUCCGCGUGCAUCUCUGAGCAGCUUCAAAAAUUGAAUUCUGUGCAUGCGCUGCAUCUAGUUAAAACUUUUGCACUUAAUGCAUAGGUUGUUUACGUACACGCAUCGCAUAUUUCAUCGUUACAUGUAGGGAUGUGUAUAUGAAGCGUUAUUUGUGGUAAGGUUUCUCUAGGGAAGAAGAUGCGCUUAGAGCUGUCGGAAAAAAAGGAUCGGUAAAUUUGACGUGCUUAGCGAGCUCCGUUCAAGUAUUUUGUGCUACACAAUUCUCAAAAUGAGGAAAUAUAACAAAAAUUGCUCAAUUUUCGAAACAAAUUCGCGUAUUUUACACUUUUUUAGUUAAUUUUCUAAUUGACAGAACCGAAAUUUGUGAGUAUUAUUGACUUUUACUUUAUCUCGAACAAUAUAAAAAAAUAAACAUUUUUUAUACAUUUUA